AUGAACAAUUCAACCACAGCGGGCAGCCAUAGAGCCUGCUGCGAGAACGGAAGGCCCAUUCUGACCGACCCCCACACCGGGCAGACAGUGUGCUCCUGCCAGUACCCCCCAGGGCUGGUCAGCUAUCCCCGGGGCCCCCUGCCCCCGGGUUUGGAGAGUGUGUACAGCGCCUCUGCGUAUGCUGCUGCUGUCUCCCAGGGGUUUGUAACUCUUGGUGCCGAAGGAUCAGCAUUUUACUCUCCCUUGGGAACCAAUCCAUAUGACCUCAAAGAAAGCGCCGAAGCCUGGCGUACUCUGGCGGCCGCCCAACCCGGGUUUCCCUACGACCCAAUGGCUAUGUACCCGUAUGGGCCGGGGAAGAACGCCACCCGCGAGAACACGAACACGCUGAAGGCUUGGCUGUACGAGCAUCGGAAAAACCCGUACCCGACUAAAGGGGAGAAGAUCAUGCUGGCGAUCAUAACCAAGAUGACGCUCACACAGGUGUCUACCUGGUUUGCUAACGCCAGAAGAAGACUGAAGAAAGAAAAUAAAAUGACUUGGUCACCGCGAAACCGCAGCGAGGACGGCAGCGACGAUGUUGAUAACAAUGAGGACGAUGAUGACUGCGGAGACGGCAGACGGCGUGACGUCAUCUCCCCGUCUCCGCAGGACCUCGAUAUUACCUCCUCCAAACCGUCGUCUCCACUUCUUUCUCCAGAUCAGACCAACAACCUUUUCAAGGAGCGAAUCAUUCGAGUGGACGAUGAUGACGACUUUGAUGACGACGAUGAAGACGAGGACGGCGAUGCUUCCAGAGACAGUUUCCAGCAUCGUCGACUAACCACAGAUGCCACAGAAGGCUCACAUGCGAUGCCAGCUCGCGACCGCAGUCCACUUCGUGGGUCAAUACCGGAUGAAGGACGAGCAAGAUCUCGCAAUGAACACUCAGACCGGAAAUCAUCUUCAUCACCGGCUAAACCACUCCUGUCCACUCAAACAUCUAGAGACAGUGUAUCCUCCCCGCGGGCGGUAAGUCCGAACAGGAACUCAAUAAACCGGACGCCUCCAACAACCACCCGUCCCAAAAUCUGGUCCAUAUCUGACUUUAUCAACACCACAUCGUCGUCAUCAUCUUCAUCUUCAGCAUCCACGAUUUCCACGUCAUCAAGUAUUUCAUCUUCCUCCCAACAAAGUGCAACCAUGCUGAACCGCCCUCCAUUCAUGGCUACUUCAGCUGUGGCAUCAUCAUCCCCGCAAAGACCUUUACCCACUCAGGGUUUCCUCUUCCUGACUCCAGGGGCGGCGUCUCACUGGCAGUCAGCGGCAGCAGCUGCAGCGGCGUCUCGGUUUGCCGGGCUGGGGGGACACUACCCUUUAACACUGACCCAUUCAACACUGUCAUACCCCUACAACCUGACCUCGCCUGCAGCAGCACGGGCGGGUUUGGAAGCCCAUGCUCAGGCUGUCCAGAUGGCAGCUAGAGCAGCUGCAGAGAGUGGAGCCAACAGGGACGGACCUACUUCCGUUGAGAAGAUGUCCUUGCAUCCUCACUUUCCACGGCUGCCAAUCAGCUCCCUUUUCUCACCUGCCCGUGAUAUUGAUGGCGUCAGAUCUAAAUCAUCACUGGUUCACUCAAUUUUACAGUAA